CCUCUUCCCAUCUUAAAGUAGAAUAGAAUAGAAUAAUUUAGCUGUUUGGAUGUUUUAUGCUUUAUUUUGUUUAUUGACUUAAAUACAAAGCUGACUGAUUAUCAUCAUAAAAAUAAUACAAUCAUCAGGAGAUACAUUAUGAUUUUAUGUUUUUGGCAAGUGCUGUAAUCCCACCAUAUUUAAAAAAAAAAAAAAUUUUAAACAAAUGUGUGGUUCAGUCAUGAUGACAGGAAAUAACCAGUGUGCAUAUAUCUUUUUUUUUUUCUUUUUUUUUUUUCCAAUUUUAUUUUAGGGCCUUUAAUCAUGGCACCUUUGGGACUAACAAAAGUAGCCUUAUAUUCAAAUUCAAAAGCCAUUUAAUUAAGUAAUGUUACCCCUCCCUUAUGUUCAUCACUAGAUUUUUAAUCUAAAUAGCUUUAGUUAAAAUGGAGAAGUGGCUUGUGAUUCAGAUGACUGGAACCAGGCUAACGCAGGCUAUCAGAUCUACUUUACUUUAAAGGAUCGGAAUACUCUUCUUUCUCCGCUCGGAGGGCAGCAUCAGAACAUUGACUGUGUGGUAAACAAUCAGACCCUCCCUCUCCGUCAGUGACUGUGGACGACCUGCAGGUGUCGCUGUCAGCAGCCCGGUAAAGCCCCGUGCCUCAGUGACAGCAGCAACACAACGUGGGUGUCACUUUGUCACCCAAGGGCCCUGUGUCAACAGCAGAGGGAAGAAGAAGAGACGUAGCGGAGGAAACCAGAGAGUAACGCGGCAGUAGACAUGGACCUGCGGUCUGAGCUGCUCAAAUCCAUCUGGUAUGGGUUCACAGCCCUGGAUCUGGAGAGGAGCGGUAAGGUGUCUAAGUCUCAACUCAAGGUGCUGUCUCACAACCUGUGUACAGUCUUGUCUAUCCCACACGACCCUGUCGCUUUGGAGGAGCACUUCAGGGAUGAUGAUGAUGGUCCAGUUUCCAGUCAGGGUUACAUGCCUUAUCUCAACAAAUAUAUCCUGGAUAAGGUUAUUGAAGGAUCCUUUAUUAAGGAAAACGUAGACGAGCUCUGUUGGACUCUUACAGCAAAGAAAAACUACCACACGGACAAAACCAGCAGCACUGUUAUGCCAGAGAAGGAUGCUUUUCGACUUUGGUGCCUGUUUAAUUUUCUCUCUGAGGACAAGUACCCUUUGGUUAUGGUCCCUGACGAGGUGGAGUACCUCCUCAAGAAGGUCUGCAUGGCUAUGAGUAUUGAGUUCAACUGUGUUGAAUUAGAGGACUUCUUUUCCCAAGACUCAGUGCAGCAGAGUGGCAUUACUGUUUGGGUUUUUCUGGAGAUGAUGAACUCUGGAAAGAUAACCAGAGGAAUUGAUAAGAGCAUAAUCAGCAUGGCUAUAGAGGAAGUUUACAGGGAGAUCGUUGGUGAUGUCCUCAAAGAGGGUUAUUUGUGGAAGAAAGGCCAGCUGAGGAGGAACUGGAAGGAACGCUGGUUCACCUUAAGGCCCAGCAACUUGUCCUACUACACCGGGGAGGACCGGAAGGAUUGCCAGGGCAACAUAGUCCUGGAUGGGAACUGCUGUGUGGAGGAAGUAGACGAUGAUCAAAUAUUGUUUGGUCGUUCAAAAUGGAUCAAAAACAUCCUUUUCCCAGUGCUGCCAGACCGGGAUGGGAAGAGGUGCAUGUUUUGUCUUAAAACCCUCUCCAAGACUUAUGAGAUGAGUGCCUCAGACACCAAACAGAGACAGGAGUGGACUACAGCGAUUCAAACAGCCAUCAGGCUGCACGUGGAGGGGAAAAACUCCCUCCACAAAGAUCUGAAGCUGAAGCGACGUGAGCAGCGAGAGCAGCGGGAGAAGAGACGGCAGGCCAAGGAGGAGGAGCUGCAGAGGCUGCGGGCCCUGCAGGAGGAACGGGAACGUAAGCUGGCGGAGCUGGAGCUGCUAAAGGAGGCGCAAAAGCAGGCUCAGGCCCUCCUGGAGCAGGACGAGCAGAGGAGGCGCCAGCAGCAUGAACAGCUCCAGCGGGCUCUGGAGAUCCAGCUGCGAGAGGCUGAGGAGGCUCGGGUCAGUAUGCAGGCGGAGAUGGCUCUGAAAGAGGAGGAGGCAGAGAAGCAGAGGAAGAGGAUCCAGGAGCUGGAGGAGAUGCAGAAGCGCUUGGAGGAGGCGCUGCAGCAGGAGAUCAAAGCCAGGCUGGAUGAGGAGGCCUUCCGUUUAGCUCAAGCAGGGUUACUGGCCGAGGAGGAGGAGAAGAUGAAGGCCCUGAUGUCCCUGCAGGAGGAACAGGAGGAGUACAUCUUGAAAACACAGAGGGAGAAGCAGGAGCUAAAACAGGAAAUGGAGACCAAGUCCCGGGACCUGGAAGAGGCGCAGAGGCAACUUGAGGAGGUCCGCGCAAACCGGCAUCGGGUUGACCAGGAUGUAGUGGCUGCCCAGAGGAAGCUUCGCCAGGCGAGCACCAACGUCAAACACUGGAACGUCCAGAUGAACAGACUGAUGCGACCGAUCGGACCAGGCGAGAAGAGACCGUCGUUAGGAAGCUCCUUCUCAAGCUUCCAGGUGCCGACACAGAGAGACCCGGGGCUGCGUCUCAGAAGGAGAUCGGGAUCAGAGGAUCGGGAUGAGGAGAGCAAAGAAAAUGUUGACAACCGAGCUUCGUGUGAGAAACGCCACUCCCACGCCUCUAAUGGAGACAUGGAUAUCCCCUAAAAUCGUGAAUCAGAGAGGUUGCAUGGAUCAGUGCAGGUCACUCCGUGAGGUUUCUUGACAGGAAGGGCAAGAGUUGACGGUCUAAUGUGUGAACAUUAGGACAACAGUGGAACAUCUGCACUUAAAACUGAAUUUACCGUACUAGCAUUUCUAUUAAAUGUAGAAUUAACUGACCUCAUUUCACAGACGGCAGCAGUUUAAAACAUUUUAAUGAGAAGUUGAAUUCACUGCUCGACUAAUGCUUUGACUGCAACCUGUGUGAGGCCUGCUCUGGACAUAAACGUUACCUCAGUGCCAAGAAAAUGAGCUGUAAGCAAGAAAGUGCAAAGGAAGUUGAGAUGUUUAAAGGCUUUUUCUUACAUACAAUACAAGGAAGCUCAUUUGUUCAGCUCUGUAAUAUAAACACAUAACCGUGUUUCAUUUUUAUAUAUGUAUUUUUUUGGGGGGGUGUAGGAGGAUGGCUUGACUUAUUGAUGUAAAAAGUUCAGUAUUAGUUUACCACAGUUUCAGUCUAAAAGUAUCACUCUUCCUAAACAGGAAAGAGAGAGAGCGUUUAACUUCCUGUUUCUACUGCCAGUUAACAUAAUUGUAAAUAAAAGAGUGAUUGAUGCUGUAACCUGA